AUGCUUUAAAUAUAUGGCAUUACUUGCGCUUUGUUCUAUUUAAUUUUAGCCAAGAAUUCAGACUUUCAGUUACUCCUUUAAUAUGGGUAAGACUAAAGCGUAUAAACAUUGACAUAAUUUUAGCCAGUCUCAAGUUUACUCUCAUUUCCUGUUUUAAUGUCUGUUAUUGGGCAAACUAUUAUUCAAUUAUAAUUCCAAUAUAUUUUUAUUUUACAUUACGUAUGGUAUUUGAGUAAUUUAACAAUUCAUGAAGGAAAUACUAAUGAUCGUUAUGCAAUGAUGAUCAAUUAUGAAAAUACUAGUUUAUACUUAUAUUCAAGCUUCCAAUACAUAUUUUAAUGCAUUUCAUUUUCAAUGGGAAAACCAUUUAGAAGAGAAUUUAUACAAAUUUUGGAUUUACUUGUAUUUUGA